UGAAUUGGAAACAUUGGAUUUUCCGGCUUCGGUCCGCUGGGGCUUGCCUCAGUUCAUGUUGGAGUUUCAGUUAUGUCGGGUGUCUUUGGGUGUGUGAGCCUGGCGUGAGUCGAGCGUCGUGCGUUUUCACGGUCUUAUCAGAGUUGUACCCUGUGCUUCGGGGGUCAACCACUCGUACAUUUGCAUACCGGAUACUGACCCCUUGUCGUGACGCUGCGUUUAUCUUCUCGCACCGGCGGUAUCCGCAAGAAGUUGACAGUGGAUUGUGUUGUUGCGAGUCCUUGCAAUUUACAGAAGGAUUUCAGUGAAAUGAAAGCGAAUCGUGAAAAUACUUUUAUGCGUGACACAGAAAUUGGUUUUUGGGAAUAAGCGAUCGAAUCUAGUGAACUUGGUACAGAAGUGUUGUUGGUAGAACAGAGAGACAUGGUGCUGGAGCACCAAGGACUUUUGCCGAAUUUGCCUACGGGCGGACUGCAACCGGCACUGCAACUCUAUGCGGCUGCAGCGGCCCAGUUGGCGCCACGUGCUCGUGUCCCACAAUGGCCAUUCCUGCAAUUCGGUGUGCCUGGAGUGUUCGCAGGACCAUUUCUGGCGAAUCCUCGUUUUGCGCCGGGUGGCGGUGGUGCAGGUGCAGGAGGUGUUCAUGGCGGUGGAAGUGGACCUCAUCGUGGAGGAGGCGGUCCGCACGGUAGCACGUUGGCUAGUUUGAGCGGUCUGAGUGCAGCCAUGGCGAAUGUUAAUGUACAAGCAUCACAAGCGGCGGCCGCUGCAGCCGUUGCUCAUCAUCAGCUGCUGAAUGGAAACCGGACUAUGCCGGGACCGCCCAGCGAGGAUUCUAAUGAGGAUCGAGGCUCAGCUGCUGAUGGGGAUGAUGAGAGUAGUGCAUCGAAACGGAGACGAUCACGAACGAAUUUCAACUCAUGGCAAUUAGAGGAAUUAGAACGUGCAUUUUCAGCUAGUCAUUAUCCAGAUGUAUUUAUGCGUGAGGCAUUAGCAAUGCGAUUAGAUUUAAAGGAGAGUCGAGUAGCGGUUUGGUUUCAAAAUAGACGAGCAAAGUGGCGAAAAAAGGAGCACACGAAAAAAGGACCCGGUCGGCCCGCGCAUAAUGCCCAUCCGCAGUCAUGUUCCGGUGAGCCGAUACCACCCAACGAGCUCAAGGCGAAAGAAAGAUCGAACAGGGCUCGCCGAAGGAAGAAAUUGGCCAAGGCACUUGAACGUCAAGCAAGGAAGCUACGCGCCAAAGGAAUUGCAGUCGACUUGGAAGCGCUCAAGGCUGAAUAUUUGGCACAACAUCGAGGAAGUACAACGAAUUCCGAUUCCGAAUUGGAUGACGACGACAUACCCAUAGACGUUGUUGGCGGAGCAGACAGUGAGAUCGAACCUGAAGACUGUUCCCUGAAAAAUGGAGUCAAUGCUAAUAGUAGCCCCGGCAUAGUUAGUAGCAGUAGCAGUAAUUUUAACAUUAACACUAGUAACUGUAGUACGACAAGUAGUGGUGCUAAUGGGAUGGAACAGUCAGUGCUUACUGACGAUGGCAGCGACUUAAUUGAUAGUAAUGAUCAGCCCAAGAAUAGCAUGAGGCCGAACCCGUUUAGUAUAGAAUCAUUACUCUAUAAUAACACCUGAGAAAUAGACGCUGAUGUUAUUUAUUAAUUUAAUUUUAAUUGUAAUAAAUUAUUAUUCAUAAAUUAUUAUCUGACAAUUGUACAUAGUUGAGGAUUUUCGUUUGAACAUAUUCCGUUCGGGAACACCACUUGGAGUCUAAUUUUCAGGAAAUCGGGCGUGCUUUUGCACCUACGGUAGUUGGAUACUAUAAUAUCUAUCACAAAUUUUAUUUUCCUUUCAACAAGUGUUAAUGAUACAUAUCAACCAUCGAAGUCAUUUCCCUGCUUUUCCCAGAUGCAGUCCUAUCUGUUGUUGUCCUAACUACCAACAAAAUCAAUCAUGAAAUAAUUACUAUUUCUCAAA